UCAGUUUCCACAAACAGAAGAUGAAUGGAAAAAUAUAGCAAAACAUUUUGAAAAUAGGUGGAAUUUUCCACAUUGCCUUGGCGCCAUAGACGGGAAACACAUAGACAUUAUUCCUCCAAGUGGAAGUGGCUCCUAUUUUUAUAAUUAUAAAGGUCGACACAGUAUGGUAUUUCUUGCAAUAGUGGAUGCUAGGUACCAAUUUAUAAUGUGCAGCUUUGGUGUUAACGGCAGGAUAUCAGACGGCGGUCUGCUUCAGACUACUACAUUUUAUGACAAGCUUCAAAAACACCAAUUAAGUCUCCCGUCAGAUGAACCUAUAAAAGGAAGUUCCAAAAUACUUCCUUAUGUAUUUGUAGCCGACGAUGCUUUUGUUUUGAGAACAGAUAUGAUAAAAUCAUACCAACAGGCAGAUUUAAAUUCUCGCGAAAGAAAGAUAUACAAUUAUCGAGUAUCUCGAGCGCGGCGCAUUGUAGACAAUGAAUUUGGAAUCUUGGCUUCUAGAUUUCGGAUAUGUAAAAUUCAAAUUAAUCUAGAACCCAAGAACAUUGAUAAGUUCUGCAGAAUGUUUCGAUCACCAAAACCUAGAAGAUGGAACUAUUACAUCAGGUUUAACAUCACAUGAUACAAACAUGGAGCCAUUAUAUCGACGAAACUCUGGAAAUAAUGCAACUGCUGCCAAAAAUGUUAGAGAACAGUAUGUACAUUACUUUAAUAACGAGGGGAGUGUACCUUGGCAAGAUAACUUUAUUCCUUAAACACACAGAGAAAUGUUACCUUGUAAAUAUUUACAUUAAAUAAAAAUAUAAUAGCUACAUUCGUGUACUUACUUCAGAACUAUCAUCUUCGACGAUGUUGGAACGAGAAGGUCUUGGCGUUCCUUGGUCGUCAUCGAGAA